GCCCUGGCUCUCCUUCGUCCGGAUAAGAUCCAUCACUACCAGGGUAUUUCGCGUUCAGCGUCGGGCAUGGAGGCAGUGUCAACGAUUUCGAGGCCGCAUUGCGGUGAGUCGGCGCAGCCGAGGCGAUUGGAAAGCUCGUUUCUAGGGAAAUUUAGGUCGCCGGCGAUGGAUCGGGCGGCCAUAGCGAGCAGCGAGCGAUCUUUGCAAGUCUUGACGAUUGAAGCGUCUAAGAGGAAAGGGCCGAUGCGGAGGAUGCAGCAGCAGCAGCAGAUGCAGCAAAGAUCACUCCCGAAAGUCCCAGCGGCGGAGGACGACAAUCCGCGAUUCGUGAUCUUCAUUCGCAGUAAGAACGUUCCACUUUGGUACCCUUUAAACAUUGUCUCGGGAGGAAAUGCGGCAAAAUUCAUGGUGGGAGUCACUAAGAACGAGUGGGGAAAGAAGAUCUAUGGCAACAGCUUGACAAACAACAUCGGUGCCGCUGUUUACAAAGACGAGGAGAAGAUCAUUGCCUCGGUGGUGAAGACCUACCCCACGCUGAAAACAGCGAAGGAGUUCCAGUUUGGUUACAAGCUCGUGGACGAAGAGAAAGCCAACGAAGCUCUCCGGCCUGUGGAUGUCACUCUGAUUCCUCCCAAAGAGGAGCUCAAGCCCAUCACAGAGAAGGUCACCGACUUCGUGGGAAAGGGCAUGGACAACUUGAAGAGCUCCCUUGGCCUCUAAAAUUUUCAAACCGCCAGAAUAUUCUCACAAUCUCCCGCGAGUUUUUCAACGGCCUGGAUCUCUCUCGUCACGAGCGGCUGGGAUUUCGACCUAAUUAGGGUUUAGGGUUUAUGGCGGCUGGGAGAGGGCUUUAUAAGGAUGCGCGAGAACGAAGGGUUUUUGCGUGGACGGACUCACAAUCUAGAAGUGGAGCGGCUUGUUUUGGUGUCGUAAGGUCCACGGUGGGUCGCCACAGAUUGAUUCACUGCGCUUGUUGAUGAUCGCCCUCUCGGGGGUGGGAUUCCGAGCGGCAGCUAUCACAUAUUCCAUUGCCAUGGGGAGCGGCUAUGCCGCGAUUACCUCUUUGGACAGACCAUGUGAUAAACAUCCCCCAAACUACUCUUCCUCUC